AUGACGGAUGUGGAACUGCGUGCGCACUUAUUAACGCACGUCUCCACGGCCGAAUCAAUUGUUGAAGCACAAAACUUCUCCAAGUGGACAACGAUACUACGGAGUACAGCGUACGUGUUCCGGUACAUAUGCAACUCAAAGCAGAUGGUCAAGACGAAACAGCGAACCGGUGGACCGUUGACGCAACAGGAAUUAUACAGGGCCGAGAACUUUCUCUAUCGCCUUGCCCAGAGUUGCGAAUACGUCGACGAGCUUGCGAUCCUCGUCAGUAAUCGCCGAAUUGGAUCGGAGAAGAAGUCGAUUCCAAAGUGCAGCUCUAUUGCCUACUUCCGUCCGUUUCUCGAUGAAUACGACGUGCUGAGAGUCCGUGGCCGUACCGCUGCCUGCCCGUUGAUCGACUACGAUGCAGUCAACCCUGUCAUUCUUCCUCGUAACCACCAUGUCACACGGCUGAUAGUCUCUCACUACCACAGCAAAUAUCACCACCAAAACCACAACACAGUCCUCAACGAGAUUCGCCAGCGAUACAGGAUUCCUCACCUCAAGUCCGUAUACUACACGAUCCGGAAGCAAUGCCAAAAAUGCAUGAACGAAAGGGCAACUCCACUACCGCCGACCAUGAGUGAUCUGCCGCUAUCACGUCUGGCUGCGUACUCUCGUCCGUUCACGCAUAUGGGGGUGGAUUAUUUCGGGCCGAUCAUGGUAUCCGCCAACCGUAAAACAGAGAAACGCUGGGUGUUGAUAGCUACCUGCCUGACCAUCCGCGCCAUACACCUGCAAAUUGCACACACUCUAAAUACCGAUUCCUGCAUCAUGGCUCUACGCAACGUCAUAGGUAGGAGGGGUACACCGGCGGUCAUCUAUAGUGACCAAGGAACUAACUUUCGAGGCGCUAGUAAGGAGCUGAAGGCCGCUAUGGAGAGUUUGGAUCAGGAACGCUUGAUGAUCGAGUUCACGACUCCUCACACCAGCUGGAGUUUCAAUCCACCAGCCUCCCCGCACAUGGGUGGAGCGUGGGAACGUCUUAUCCGUACAGUCAAACAGAACCUCGGGAAGAUCCUGCCAGCCAGCACGCUAUCGUACGAAGUCCUUGAAAACCUGCUCAUAGAAGUCGAAAACGUGGUUAACUCACGACCGCUGACCAGCAUUCCAUUGGAAGACGACGAAUCCCCGGUGCUCACACCGAACCACUUCUUGCUGGGAUCGUCGAACGGUUUGAAGCCGUGGCUACCUUUCGACGACAGUCCUGCGGUACUCAGGAACUGUUGGCAACGCUCUCAGACCUUGGCCAACCAGUUCUGGAGACAAUGGGUUCGAGAUUAUCUGCCGUCGAUCACUCGCCGAACCAAAUGGUUUGGCCCAGUGAAACCCAUCGAAACCGACGACAUCGUCGUCAUCGUGGACCCGAACUUUCAGCGAAACUGCUGGUUAAAGGGACGCGUAAUAGCAACGAAGCCAGGAGCCGACGGCCAAGUGAGGUGCGCAACCGUCCGGACCAUUAGUGGUAUCUAUGAGCGUCCAGCCGUGAAGCUCGCCGUGCUAGACGUAGGCGUCUGCAAGGAUACGCCUCAGGACGACCAUCGGCGCAUUCCGGGAGGGAGUGUUAAUCCCGCCACGUCCAAUGGCCCGACGAGCCCCAGCAGCCCCACCGCUACCACUGUGACGGACGCAUACACCUCAACGCGACCACACCCGUGUGUUGGUCAGAGGAUCGUCGAUCGUAUGAAAGUCAAGCGGUCGACGGGUAAAAUGUGUAAACAAGCCAGAACAAUAGCUGAAUCGAGGAAGUAA